AGUGUCUGGAACCGCACAGUUGCGCACCGCCUAGCAGGAGUAGCAGCAGCAGCAGCAGCAGCAGCCGUCCGCUGAGUCGCAAUGAAGUUUUUUAUCUGUCUGUCGGCGCUUUUGCUGGUUUCAGCGGUCACCGCUGAAGCAGAGCAGAAGAAGUCCGAAGCCACCAAGGGCGACAAGGGUGCUGUGCCGUUGGAGAAGAAGCUGGACAAGCGCGGUCUGCUGAACCUGGGCUACGGGUACGGCAUUAAUGGGCUGGACGUGGGUUACAUCGGCGGUGGCCAUCACGGUGGUGCGUACCACGAUGUCCACGAUCAUCACUACGGCCACGGGGUGUUCCUUGGGGGGCACACGGACGUCACGAAGACCGUGACGCUCCUGAAGGGCGUCCCGGUACCGUACACGGUCGAGAAGCACGUGCCUUACACGGUCGAGAAACACGUCCCGUAUCCGGUGAAAGUGCCAGUCCCGCAGCCUUACGAAGUAGUAAAGCAUGUCCCGGUGCACGUGAAGGAAUACGUAAAAGUUCCGGUCCACGUGCCGGCUCCGUACCCGGUGGAGAAGAAGGUCCCGUAUCCGGUCCACGUUCCCGUCGACCGUCCUUACCCCGUCAAGGUGCUGGUGCCACAGCCGUACGAAGUAACCAAGCAUGUUCCGUACCCGGUGAAGGUUCCGGUUCCGCAGCCGUACGAAGUGACCAAGCACGUUCCGUAUCCUGUGAAGGUCGAGGUGGCCGUCCCAGUGCCGUACACCGUCGAGCGGAAGGUCCCGGUCCCGGUGAAGGUCCCGGUUGACCGUCCAUAUCCGGUCCACGUGCCCGCACCGUAUCCGGUCGAGGUGGAAAAACCCGUCCCCUACACGGUGGAGAAGCCGGUCCCGUACCCCGUGAAAGUGCCCGUCGAUCGCCCAUAUCCGGUGCAUGUCGAGAAGCCUGUCCCGUACCCGGUGAAGGUUCCGGUCCCGCAGCCCUACUACGUCGAGAAGCACAUCCCGUACACGGUGGAGCGGCCAGUCCCAGUUCCGGUGAAGGUUCCAAUUGACCGCCCGUAUCCUGUGCACGUGGAGAAGCACGUUCCGGUUGAGAAGCCGGUGCCCGUACCGGUGAAGGUCCCGGUUGCGGUUCCGGUUCCGGUGCACGAUCACCACCAUCACCACCAUCUCGAUCAGCAUCUUGAUCAUCUGCAUGAUCAUCAUCACCACCACCACGACGUGAGCUACACCAGCUUCAGUGGUUACGGACACGACUACAGCUACCACCACUAGAUCCUGCCUGUGCCUGUGUCCUGUGGAAGUGAUGGCACUGCCAACCGGAAACCCCACUAACCCACGUACAUCGGAAGGGCGGUUAGAGCGACCGUUAGGUCCGGUUCUCUCUCUCUCUCUCUGCCUGGCUCCCUCGUGUUAAUAGCUAUUAUCACCAUCGACCGUAUCCUUAGCUCUCACUCACUCACUCACGUACCUUCGGCGGAAACGAAGGAAACGAAGGACUCACCACACUCACUCAUUGACGAGCGGUUCGAACCGGAAACACUCUCGUAAAAGAUCUACGCACUCGAUGUGAUAAUGUGAUCGUGCAAGCACUGUGCCCUUAAAUCCCUAAACUUUCGAUCACACCGUCCCCGUCUUUAAUUGUGCAUUAUUUUUACCCAUUGUUUCGCUGUUGCUGCCUGGCCGGGCCGGGGGAAAAUGGAGACGCCCAACGGUGGCACCAACCUUUUUUGGGAGUCCAGUCCUUUCGGACCCAACGAAAUUCUCAACGAACCCGCGACCGGCUAUUGUUUUUUAACCACUUUUUGUGUACAAAAAUUGCCCAUAAAAAACAAAACUCUCGGACACUUCGAACCGCCGACGGCCGGCCGGACGCUGAGGCAGCAUUCGCCCGAGGUGGGCAACAUAAUGUAUAUUUUUUUUAUGAUAUUUUAUGUGUAAAUAAGAUGAACAAUAAACGAAACAAAGAUGUUGUACA